AUGGCGGAGAACGGCGGUCGCGCCGGCAAGAGCAGCGGGAGCGGCACGGGGAAGGGGGCGGUGUCCGCAGAGCAGGUAAUCGCUGGCUUCAACCGUCUUAGGCAGGAACAGCGGGGCCUGGCAUCCAAAGCAGCAGAGCUGGAGAUGGAGUUGAAUGAGCACAGCCUAGUGAUUGAUACUCUGAAGGAGGUGGAUGAAACCCGCAAGUGCUACCGCAUGGUUGGAGGGGUGCUGGUGGAGCGGACCGUCAAAGAGGUGCUGCCUGCCUUGGAGAACAACAAGGAGCAGAUACAGAAGAUCAUUGAGACACUGACACAACAGCUUCAGGCAAAGGGAAAAGAACUAAAUGAAUUUCGGGAAAAGCACAACAUUCGUCUCAUGGGGGAAGACGAGAAGCCAGCAGCCAAGGAAAACUCAGAAGGCGCUGGGGCUAAGGCCAGCUCAGCUGGCGUGUUGGUCUCCUAG